GUAAAACCGUCGCGUUGGCAGUCCGCCGCGCGACAGCUAUUGUCUUGUCCACGUCACAGCCUCCAAACCGCUACACCUUCCUUUCUUCUUUAAACCACAAGGAGAAGCUAUUUCCGCCGUUGGAGACGCGUUGACGGGCGUCCCUGCGUGUCCCCCCGCCUCAUGGACCUGGCGGCUGCCGCGUGCACGGGUGGUCUUUCUGUUGAUGCAAUGUGCCUUGAAGAAAAGAAAAAGGCAGAGAUCAUGGUGGCCCACUGCCUGAGAGAUUUUUACCAGGACUCAUUGACCUUUGAUGAUGUGGCUGUGGACUUCACCCAAGAGGAGUGGGUUAUAAUGGAUCAAACUCAGAGAGACCUCUACAGAGAGGUGAUGCUGGAGAACUACCAGAACCUGUUCUCAGCAGGAUGUGAGGUCAGCAAACCCAGUCUGAUCUCCUGGUUGGAAGAAGAGGAUUUAGAGACAUUGCAAACAGAAGACUGGGAAUUGCAAGACACUUUGAGGGAACAAUCUUUCAAUGUGGUGAAAAUGAUCUACUUCACAGACUGACAAGACAAUAAGAUUGCACUGCUGAGUUGAGCAACAGUGAGGCUGACGAUAAGCCUUCUUUGGGAUUUGUCCUGUGUACUAUACAUCAUGGAAACAGAAACUUUGUGGAAUUUAAUCACAAUGAAUGUGGCUGGCAUCAUGUUCUGCUGUGUUGCAAACCAUCUCUAGCAAUUCCUGGAUAUGGCCCAAGGUCAGCAAUAGCAGGUUUCAUCUCAGUGAUCCAAAUUUGUGUAUUUCUGAUGCUUGAACAGCUUUGGAUUUUGUCCUGUAAGGCCUUUAGGGCUGUGCCACCCAAUGGCUUUCUGUGGCUCAUACUCUAACCAGAGUAGCAGUGAUCUAAUACAAGCUCAACAAUAAACCCCAAAUAGAAGACACCAA